AUCGGGUCAGGAAAACGAAAAGCGAUUCGAGAUCUCGGUAUAUCGCCCACCAUAGGCCAUGGCGACGAGACAAACAACGAAGACAACGUUCGAGGUUGAAAAUGUUAUCCAGCCCAUCUUCACGGGAGGAGCUGUGGGACUUGACAAUGGCGCAAGGAUACUUGCAUCGACGCUGGGCGAGGCCGCCGUUCUCACCGAGCUGACUACGGGGAAGCGGCUGGUCGAGAUUGAGGGAGACGGCGAGCCAAUUUCGACGCUGACGAUCACACCUUCGGCAUCCCAUCUAAUAGUCUGCUCCCGCUCCCUAACAAUGCGCAUCUACUCCCUCAAGGUGUCGCCCACAUUCGAUUCCGUCGAGGCGACCCUCGUGCGGACAUCCAAGCCUCAUGCUACGCCGGUUGUUGUACUUGCUGUGGACAAAACCAGCACCCUCAUGGCAACGGGCGCAGCCGACGGCGCAAUCAAAAUCUGGGAUAUUGUUGGCGGCUACGUUACCCACACAGUCAGCGGACCGAGCGUUCUCGUAUCGGCGCUGCACUUCUUCGAACUAGCUCAGACAGCCGACGACUCGGUGUCUGGGCGGAAAUCAAAGAAGGGCUCACGGAAGAGCCAGGGCGACGAGAACCAGGUUCAGGGCGAGUCCAAAUUCCGGCUUGCAUGGGGUACACAAGAUGGCAAGAUUCGCAUCUUUGAUCUCCACAAGCGCACUACCACCCCUGUCUACGCCGAUGCAAAAAAGAGGAAAGAGGCACACGAGUCCAAUGUCCAGAGCAUAGAGUACUCGCCAGAGCAGCAUGCUCUACUGAGUGGCAGCAGGGACAAGACCAUGACCUUAUGGCUAUGGCGAGAUAACGCAUGGCAAGGUACGGCUAUGCUGCGGCACGAGCUGGUCGAGUCGAUCGGCUUCCUUAACGACGGCAGGUGGAUGUACUCGGCUGGGACAAGUGGUCUUGUGAGAAUAUGGGACACAACUACCCGCCACGAAAUUACAACGAAACGAGACGCCAAGUCAGAGGCCGAGUCAAUAUUGUCCGCAAUCUGUCUACCUCAAAGGAACCUCAUCGUAUGCGCCCAAUCUGAUUUUACCCUGGCGCUGUACCGCGUGCCCUCACCAGCAGACUUGACUUCCCAGUCAGGGGUUUCAAUGGAGCCUUUUUGGAGGAUAUCCGGCACACACGAUGAGAUCCUCGAUCUGGCAUAUGUGCUACCGGAUCAGUCCAUGAUGGCGCUUGCCACAAAUUCGGAGGAUAUCAGGCUUGUUUCUGUCUCGGAUGCAAAAUCUCAGCCUAAUUCAGAGGAAGGCGGCGUCUACUUCGGGCAUGACGUUGCUUUGUUGAAGGGUCAUGAAGAUAUAGUAAUGUCUCUGGACGUUGACUGGUCGGGGCAUUGGGUUGCCAGCGGAGCAAAAGACAAUACGGCCCGGUUGUGGCGCGUUGACCCUGCAACUGGGUCCUACGAGUGCUAUGCAGUUUUCACUGGCCACUUAGAGUCAGUGGGUGCUGUUGCUCUUCCAAAGGUGGUCCCUCCAGAGAACUCUGAAGCUUUCAAGGACCCCCUAAAUCACCCGCCGGCUUUCUUGAUCUCCGGAUCCCAGGACCGAUUCGUUCAGAAGAGGGAGAUCCCGCGGCAGUCGCAAAAGUCCAAAGUGUCUUCGAGUCUCAAGCGAAUGGCUCAUGACAAAGACAUCAACGCGCUGGACGUUAGUCCUUCGGGUCGAUUAUUCGCUUCGGCGUCGCAGGACAAGACAGUAAAGAUAUGGGAUGUCGAAAGUCUCGAAGUGCAAGGCAUCCUCAAGGGACACAAGAGGGGUGUCUGGACAGUCCGAUUCGCGCCCCUCCACACUCCGGCUAUCCAGGGCGAGCAGGGCUCGGUUUCAGGAAGGGGUGUCAUCCUCACGGGAAGCGGCGACAAGACGAUCAAGCUUUGGAAUCUUUCAGAUUACACAUGCCUAAGGACCUUUGAAGGUCACUCUCACAACGUCCUCAAAGUAGCGUGGUUGCACAUCCCAACCGAAGAGACGGCCAAAAAGCGGAUACAAUUCGCCAGCGCAGGCGCCGACAGCCUGGUCAAGGUGUGGGACGCCAAUCUUGGCGAGGCCGAAUGCACGCUGGACAACCAUGACGACAGGCUCUGGACCUUGGCCGUCCAUCCAAAGACCAACACCAUCGUAUCAGGGGGUAGCGACUCGAAGGUCACUUUCUGGAAGGACACAACCGCGGAAACGCAGGCGGCCGCGACAUCAGCGGCGCUCAAGCUCGUCGAGCAGGAACAGGAACUAGAGAACUAUAUCCAUGCGGGCGCAUAUCGCGAUGCCAUCGUCCUGGCGCUGCAGCUCAACCACCCAGGUCGGCUGCUCAACCUGUUCACGAACGUGGUUACGACAAGCACGCCAGAGGAAGGCAGCUUAUCCGGGCUCAAAGCGGUUGAUCAGGUGCUUGCCAACCUGUCCGACGAGCAGAUCUUUCUGCUGUUGCUCAGACUCCGGGACUGGAACACAAACGCCCGCACGGCUCCCGUGGCGCAGCGGAUUCUCUGGACGCUCGUCAGGAGCUACCCGGCCGGCAAAUUCUCCAACCUGUCAGUCAAGGGGGCCCGGGGCCAAAAGAGCCUAAACGAGGUCCUAAAUGCGCUCAGGGUGUACACGGAAAGGCAUUAUAAACGAAUUGAGGAGCUCGUGGAUGAGAGUUACCUGGUCGAGUAUACGUUGCAGGAGAUGGACAGCCUGGCGCCAUCAUUGGAUGCGUUAAACGAUGGAGAUGCUGUGAUGACUGAAUCGUGAUCAGCGAUAUCAGGGGCUGCGGUAUUUUCACCUGCAUGGAAUGACAGAGUCAAGUCAUGCGUAGAUUCAAGACGUCAUAUAGUGAAAGAGAAUAAAGAGAAUCUAGGCUUCCUGG